GGACACGGGUGCUCCCGAAGACAUCCAGGUGACGCAGGUACAAAAGGAGAAGCAGGCAGGCACAGCGUGGGCACAGGGACAUGCCAGCGCACCCGCAGCACUCAGCAACCGCCUUGGGGCAGCCCACAGCUCCUGGACACAGAUCCCUGUGAACAGCCAUGGCAGGGGAAGGGGAGCUCAACCGUGUCAUCAAGGACCUGCAGAAGACCGUGGCCGAGCUGAAAUGCAGCUACCAGGAGCAGAACCUGCCGGUGACAGACGGGAGCCGGGAGCUGCACAGCCUCUGUGCCCAGCUGGAGUUCCUCCUCCAGUUUGACCUCAAGGAGAAGAGGAGCUUCUUUGGGCAGCGCAAGGACUAUUGGGACUUCUUGUGCCAAGGCCUAGCACGGUGCCGGCAGGAGCAUGAAGGCAUUCACUUCGUCACCUCCCUGGACAAGCUGAAGACCCCUGUGGGCAGGGGCCGAGCCUUUCUGCGAUACUGCCUGGUGCACCGGCAGCUGGCAGAGUCCCUGCAGCUCUGCCUCCUCGACCCUGAGAGCCUCUGCGAGUGGUACUACGCCCGUAGCCCCUUCCUGAGCCCCAAACGGCGAGCAGAGAUCCUGGGCAGCCUCUAUGAGCUGGACUGUGUCACCUUCCACCUGGCUCUGCACAGGAGUGACCUGGACACCGCCUGGCCCAUGUUCUCCGAGCCACUGGUACGGCCCAGCCCGGUGAUGAGGCGCAGCCCAGCAAAGACAGCCCUGCAGACAGACAGGAUCAGCACUGUGGCGCAUGGAUGUUCCCAUGGCAUUGGCCAUCCCACUGUGGCACUCCAUGAGGCACCAGCCCAUCCCUGCCCACCCACUUCAGCUGCCCAGCAGGCAGGGAGUGUGGAAAUGGAAGAUAUAGAGGAAGAUGUAGAGGAUGGGGAUGUGAAGAAGGACAUGGAAGAGGAGGAUGAAGAGGAAGUGGAGAAGGAUGACAGUAAGGAUACAAAGGAGGUGAAGGUGGAGGACGUGGAAGUGGACGUGGAAGAGAAUUUGGAAGAGAAGCAUGAAGAGUUGGAGGAGGAUGAGAAGGAGAUGAAGGAUGUGGAUUUAGAGGAACUGGAGGAUGCACAUGGCACUGGCAAAGCAGCCCAGCCCAAUGGUGCUGGAAAACCUGGCAAGUUCCCACUGUCCACUGGCACAAGGCGCAUGCUGGGGUCCCUGUCACUGGUGCCCAGGCAGCCGGGUGGGACAGAGGAAUCCCUGCAGGCACUGGUGUUGCAGCUGAGGGCCGAGCUGGGUCAGCGUGAGGCGGCGGCACAGGCGCUGGCGGCGCAGCUGGCGCGGGCGGACCUGCGGCACCGGCGGCUGGAGGAGGGCAGCGCCCAGCGGGCCCGGCUGUGGGCACGCGAGGCCGAGGCACUGCGGGAAACCAACGCCUUCCUGCAGCGGGCACUGGAGGCAGCGGUGGCAGCAGGGGACCCGGGGGCACUGGCAUGGGCGCAGGAGGAGGCACGGAGCUGGCGAGAAGUGGCAGAGGAGCGGGGUACCCGGCUGGGCAGGGUGCUGGCAGAGGCGGCGGUGCUGACCUCGCGCCUGCAGGAAUGCCAGGAAGCACUGGUGGCGGCAGGACGGACAGACAUGCUGAAGGAUGCUGGUACCUCAAAUGAGGUGGCUGCCGUAGAGGAGGUGCUGCGGCAGGCACUGGAGCUCGCCCGUGGUCCCCAGGAGCCCCCACCAGCCCCCCAGGCAGAAGGGGAGCCCGGCACAGUCGCCCGCAUGGCCAUGCGCUUGGCCAGCCUGGCUGCCACAGCACAGGAGGAGACCUGGCAGAGCCGGCAGCAGCUCCAGGCCCAGCGACAGGAGAUGGCACGGCUGCAGGAGGAGCUCAGCAGGGCCCGGCAGGACGGUGAGCGCUGGGCAUCGGCGCUGCAGCGGGCGCAGCGGGAGGCCCUGGAGCGGGAGGCCACGCGCGGCGCCGAGCAGGCACGGCAGCAGGAGCUCAUCCGCGACAUGAAGGAGCGGCUGCUGGAGCUGCUGCGGGAGAAGGAUGCCCUGUGGCAGAAGACAGAGGGCAUUGACACCCCGAUGCCCGGUCCGGUGCCCCGCGAUCCAGGGUUGUGUGCCCGCUGCCACAAGGAUUUCCGCCUCCUCUCCCGGCGGUACAACUGCAGGCUGUGCCAGGGCAAGGUGUGCCACGCCUGCUCCGUGGACAUGGGCAAGCACGGCCGAUGCUGCCUGAUUUGCUACCAGCAAAGGCACCCGCAGGCCACAUGAGCGGGGGCAGCAGCCCCGGCACCGUGUCUGGGACACCUCCUGCUCUGGCUGCCUCCUCUUGGACUUACUGGGAUGUCCAGGGCCUGUAUGCAGGUCCUGCUGCCCAGCAUUUUGGGUUUGACAUGUGUCUUUCUUGAGGCUGGUCCACAAAGAGGAAAACUUCUCAUUUCUGCUA